UUUGACAGAUAAGAGGAGAAAAACGAAAGCCAACAAGUCAACCACUCCUAAAGAUAUUGCUGAUACACCUCGCCUAAAAAGGAGAACCUUACCACUACUUGAAAACAAUAGAAGCAAAGAAAAUAUCCUUUGUGAUAUCAAGAAAUCUUCAGAUCAUGGUGAGGAGCAUUAUAUAGAUAUAGACAUAGCUUCUUCACCAAAUAUGUUAGAUAGAGUCAACCAAGUAUGGGGAAUUAUUGAAGAGGCUAUUAUUAAAUUAGCAAAGCAAAAUCUCCCAAAUAAGAAAAUCAGACCUUCAAAGAGAGCU